UUUCAAAACAUGUAAGUCCAGAAGUGAAACAUUUCCGACUUAUUCUAAAAUCUAAACAUAUUUUAUACAAUUUUAAUGUCCAGCCUUUUAAUAUAUAUCGACCAAGGCAGAAUGGUGCACUUGCUACUAGGUCGGCUUGAGACCUGGACUGUCAGUUUCAUGUCACUUCUCUGUGUUUCUGCUAAGGAGUUUCGGACAGAUUGUUCAAGGGACUGGUUUGGACCAAAUUGCCAAUUCAAAUGCCGUUGCAGUACUGGCUGUUCUGACACUGGGGAGUGCACCAGUGACCUUACAAACGAGCUAGACCAAAAGGAGCGAGAAAUCACAGACAAUAACGACAUGACAUGUCUGAAAGAUGGGCGGGAGUCCGUCACAUUGCUUAUGUCACCUGGACCCUUUUCCUUUUUUAGAGCAAUUGUGAACCGCUCUGAUCCAGAGAAAGUGGAUUCGAUUAGUUUCGAACUUACAACGGACCUGAAUACCAGCAUGACGUGUGGGAAAGAUGGCCGUGCCUACAAAACAGAGCCAUUUAUCAAAUACUUUCAUUGUCCGACUCAAGUGAGUGUCAGUCAUUUGGUGCUUAAGGGAAGCGGAGUACCAUAUCUAUGCACAGUUAACAUUGGCGGUGGUCGUAACCUCGCUUUGAAAGAGAACUAUACAUAUUCAUCAGUGUACGCUGCAGUGACGGGGGCAGGCGGAAACGACGGGGAAAUUCCAACCAACGGACUUUUCAGCCCAGCCACAUGUUUUCACGCAAGCUGGACUUCACUAAUUUCUUUUUAUCAAGUCAAUUUUCAUGUUCCCGUUUUGAUCAACUACUUCGUGGUUAUGAGUAGACCAGAAACAGUUUAUUCAUCGAGGCUGAAUCAUUUUGAGCUUCUGACUUACGCUGAGGACAACAAUACAGUCAUGCAUUACACAGAGCCAACUGACGAAGACAAACCCGGCUUGCUGGUGUACAAAGUGACGCACACAGGCAAUAACGUUCCGAUUCGGUCGUUCAGGCUACAGAAGAAUCACUCAAGUAUCGUCAUUCAGUUUUGUGAAGUGGAGGCCUACGGAGAUUGUCCACCUGGGAUCCAAGAAUUGGAUUGUGAAGAAGAAUGCAGUGUAAAAUGCGCAAACCAGAAAUGCGAAGCUUCUGGAAGAUGUAUUGACUGUCCUCCAGGUUUCUAUGGAGACCAAUGCGAAUCAGAAUGUUUGUUUGGGACCUACGGACCGGGUUGCAAAGAGCAAUGUGUGAACUGCUCCAACGACAAUUGCGACAAAAUGACUGGAGACUGCGACAUGUGCAAGGAUGGACAUUGGGAUAAAGACUGCAAGAAAGGUCGGUUUCCUUUUUACAAAGCUUAA